AUGAACGCGAGGAUGAUCUGGCGAAGGGUUUGCAACGGAAUCUUGAAGCUAGAGCAACACGUUCUCGACAACAAAGAGGACCGACUGGCCAAGCAGCUCCUGGAUGACAUCGGAACGAAUGCGUUGCAGCUAACCCGAGAAAUCUUUGUGCUGGGGAAGAAAUGCGACUGGAGUCCAGCAGAUCCAGGUCUGAAAGAAGUGUGCGAGGUGCUGUUCAAAGUUCCUCAAACUACCAAGGCAUCUCUUGAAUCCGCGUUCAAUGCCCUGAAGGAUCGUACCAGACAACAAAAGGCUCAGAGGAUGUCAAACUGGACCAAGUGGUCGUAUUUGAUUUUGAACCGCUACACAAGCACGGGAGGAUUGAAUUCUGUCUCGCUCGCACAUGACGAUUUCAACAACAUCUCGAGCAAUUAUGCAGUUCAAGAACAAGCACAAGCGAUUCCAGUGUGGAAGGGACUGAAGCAUGCAGCUUUGCCAAUGGAUGGUAUGCCAUCGAAGAGCACUUUAGAGGAAAUGUGGCGACCAGGUGGCUACAUGUCAAACCGGGUGGCUGCGGCAGCAAUUGCCUUCACCGUGAGAUCGAUGCGUGACAACUUCCAAUCAUUGCAUUUGGCAUGGACAGGACGGCUGUUGGUUGAUCGGGAAGUCUACUAUGACCAUCGAUCCGAUGAAUUUGUCAUUGCACUCGGAUUCUUCCGGUAUGCAGCAAUUGUGCUGCCCUGCAACGUGAUGGAGCAUGAUGGUGAACGGUACGUGGUUCCAAGCGCUGAAAUGAUGGCAGGAACUCAUUUCUUGAUCUGCCCUGGCAUUCGAGACGAUGUUCAACAUGUACCAACGACAGUGGUGCCACCUGGCUGCUUACCCAGAGAAUUGAAUGUGCUCACUGCUGCCAAAGUGACGGGCGAGAAUGCCAACAUUUUGAAAGCAGCUCUGAAAAUUC